GUUUGGUCUAGCUUAGCCUUUCUAGAAGUUUCCCAAUUCAGGACAUGACGUCAAUGACCAUCUUGACCCAAACUCGCCUCGCGCGGCCUCGGCGAAAAAACCAUGACCAUGGAUGAUGGAUGACAGCCACCUCAUCAAGUAUGUACUGUACAGUAAAAACGUGCCAUCCAUACAAUUGCCGUUUCGUAUAGAGUUUUCAGCAUCGGUACCUCUCCACUGACGAAACGUCAAUUGAGAUAUUUUAUCAUUAAUUAAUCCCUUUAAAAGCCGUUCAUCUGUAAAACUGCCCCUCACUAGUCAAGAUUCUCACUCCCUAUCUUUCACCUACUCACAUACCCCAUCACUCACACCCAAACUUCACCCAAACAUCUACACCAUGGCCGUCUCAAACAAGACCACAUUCACCCUCAACAAUGGCGUCAAGAUGCCCGGCCUGGGCUUCGGCACUUUUGCUAACGAGGGCGCAAAGGGCGAGACCUACGAUGCCGUCAAGUGCGCCCUCAAGGUCGGCUACCGACACCUCGACUGCGCCUGGUUCUACCUCAACGAAGGUGAGGUCGGUCAGGCAGUGAGGGAUUUCCUCGCCGAGAACAAGGAUGUCAAGCGUGAGGACAUCUUCAUCUGCACAAAGGUCUGGAACCACCUCCACGAGCCCGAGGAGGUCAAGUGGUCGUUCGAGAACUCCCUCAAGAACUUUGGCCUCGACUACAUUGAUCUCUUCCUUGUCCACUGGCCCAUCGCUGCUGAGAAGGACGAGGACUACAAGCCCAAGAUUGGACCAGAUGGCAAGUACGUCAUCAAGAAGGAUCUCACUGAGAACCCUGAGCCCACAUGGCGCGCCAUGGAGGAGAUUUAUGCUAGCGGCAAGGCCCGUGCUAUUGGCGUUUCCAACUGGACCAUCGAGGGUCUCAAGAAGUUGCUGUCCUUCGCCAAGGUGAAGCCAGCUGUCAACCAGAUCGAGAUCCAUCCCUUCCUGCCCAACGAGGAGCUCGUCAAGUUCUGCCAGGAGAACGAUAUUCUCCCCUCCGCUUACUCUCCCCUCGGAUCCCAGAACCAGGUCCCCACUACUGGUGAGAAGGUCCGCACCAACGAGACCCUCAACGCCGUCGCCGAGCGCAGCGGUAACACCCUCGCUCAAGUGCUCCUCGCCUGGGGUCUGCGACGCGGCUAUGCUGUGCUGCCCAAGAGCUCAACACCCUCUCGAAUUGAGAGCAACUUCCAGGUUCCCAACCUGUCUGACGAGGACUUUGAGGCUAUCCAGAGUGUUGCCAAGGGCCGACAUACUCGCUUUGUCAACAUGAAGGAUACCUUCGGUUACGAUGUCUGGCCUGAGGAGACUCCUGAGAACGGAACCUCUGCUGUUUAAGUUAUGAGAUUAUGAUGAAUACCCUGGAUGAAUGAAAAGAAUGGAAAGGAAAAGAGUGUAUUAUAGCGUUUGGUUAGCGGGACAAAAGUUAGCAUGAGAGUCAUUCCGCUGUUUGGAAAGAGAUGAAAUUGAUCACAUUUCAAACAA